AUGAAAAAUGUUUCUGCUGCUAGAAAUGGUCACCUUGAAGUAGUAAAAUAUUUACAUGAAUUAGGAUAUAAAGGUGAUAAAUUAGCAAUUAGUUAUGCUGCUAUAAAUAACCACUUUGAAAUAUUAAAACAUUUACAUGAAUUAGGGUAUGAAUGUUACGAUUGGACAAUUGAUUGUGUUGCUAAAAAUGGUCACCUUGAAAUAUUAAAAUAUUUACAUGAAUUAGGAUAUAAAGGUACAGAAGAUGCAAUAGAUAAAGCUGCUAGAAAUGGUCAUCUUGAAGUAGUAAAAUAUUUACAUGAAUUAGGUUAUAAAUGUUCAACAGAUGCAAUUAAUUGCGCUGCAGAAAAUGGUCACCUUGAAGUAAUACGGAAUGAAAAGUAUGCCUGUGGAAUAUAG